AUGACCCAAAUCGACCUCAGCGUAGCCAACACUGCGGCCAAAGUCGACGAAUUUGCCCAGCUCAACGUUGGAUCGUACUUUAACUUCAUUGGGAUGGGGUGGAAGGGAAAUCGUGUGACAGCCAACACGGAAGAAUGGCGCGCCAAGCUGACCGAGAUGCAAGACAUUCACAUGAAACGAAACAAGGUGCCCAUGAUGUUUGGAAUCGAUUCGGUCCACGGCGCCACAUACGUCGACGGGUCGGUGCUCUUUCCCCAGAGCAUCAACACGGCCGCCGCGUUCAACCCGACUUUGGCCGAAGGCCUUGGCAAAUACAUGGCCCGCGACACGAAAGCGGCGGGCAUCCCAUGGAUGUUUGGGCCGACGCUGGACGUCACGCGCCACAAGCACUGGCCACGUGUGUACGAAACAUUUGGUGAAGACCCGACUGUUGUCGCGAAAAUGGGCAAGGCCGUCAUCGAAAGCAUUCAAAAGCAACGGGUUGCGGCGUGCUUCAAGCACUUCAUCUCGUACUCGGACCCAACGACCGGUCUUGACCGGGACAACUCGGAACUGAGCUCCUACGAAAUUCUCAACUACUUUAUGCCGCCAUUCAAGGCGGCAGUCGAAGCCGACGUGUGGAGCGGCAUGGGGACGUUUGUUGCGCUAAACAACGGGACGUCCCUGAACCAAGUGUUUCCGUUGGGCGCGUCCGUGCGGAAAGCGAUGGAGACCACCCUUGGGGGAUCGGACAAAUUUUCGUUUUACCAAGGGUUUGACACGGACGGGAACCUUGUCGACAACGACGGAAAGCCCGGCGACUUGGAAGCGGCCAAGGCCAUGGCAGCCAAAGCUGACUACACGGUGGUCGUGCUGGGCGAACGUCCCUACGCUGAAUUUAAAGGCAACGAUGACAAGCAGCCCCUCCCACCAGGAUUCCUCACGUAUGUCAAGGCGCUCAAGUCGACCGGCACCAAGAUCAUUCUGGUGUUGGUCGAAGGGCGUCCUCGACUGCUUAACGGGAUAGCAGACCUUGCGCACGCUGUCAUCUUUGCUGGCCUGCCGUGUGAAUUUGGCGGCCAAGCGAUUGUAGACGUGUUGCUGGGCAAAGUCAAUCCGAGCGGAAGAAUGGCCAUGACGUACCCAAAGACGGACACCAGCAUCAACUUGGCAACUCCGUACUACAAGCGCACCAACACGUCAUGUCUCAAGGACGGCAUCAAGUACGAGUGUCCUGCAGAGUGGCAGUUUGGCGACGGAUUGAGCUACACGAGCUUCCAUUACUCGAACGCGACCAUCAGCACGACGGCGCUAUCGUUCAGCUCGACGGGCUCGAAUGCGUUCACCGUCUCAGUGACUGUGCAAAACACCGGGCUUGUCAAAGGGCAAGAGACCGUGCUCCUGUUUGGAACGCCGCCUGCGACUCGCAUCCAUGCCGAAACCAAACUCCUGAAGCGAUUUACAAAGCUGUCGUUGGCGGCGGGCGAGGCCAACGUUGUGACGUUUUCGCUGUCUCAUCAAGACCUGGGCUACUACAGCAACGACAUCGGCAAGGGACUCAUGAAGGACGCCCCGAGCGGCGCGUACACGUUUUUCCUCAAGCACGACACCGAUUGCAGCACCAGUAGUCCCCUCUGCAUGGCUCUCAAGUGGGACAACCCGGACAAGGCGUCCUUCAUGCCCAAUGCCACGGACGCACCGACAAUCGUUGUGCCGCAUACAACUUCAUCGUCAAAAUCGUUAGGGCCGCAAUCCUCCAGUUCAAACCCCAUCGUCGACAACGGAGCCAAGAGCGCGGUCGCGGCGACCGCGUUGCCAGUCAGCCUCAUCAUUGGAAUUGCGAGUGGCGCGGCUUGCGCCCUCGCUCUGAUGGCGGUCUACAUCGUGCGACGAAAUCGCCAGCAGCGAAGCCAUGUGUGCUACUUUGACGAUGACGUGGUUGUGCUUGAAAGCAAGGAGCAAUGCCAUGACGUUGCCGUUGCUGGUAGCAACCAAUCCAUGGCGUUUCAACAUAUCUAAGUGAGUUUGAAUCGAGUUCGUGUUGGGGUGGCCUGUCGAUCUGAUAGGAAUACCA